CACCCCGAGUGAAUCCUGCUAGUCGAAUGGUUGGCGGGCUCUCGCGCGGGCGUGAAAGUCUAUAGUUCCUAAACAAUACACAAUGUGCUUGAAUAUCUGAACAUUCAACCCACGAUCCUCCAGUGUUAUUACAAGAAUGUCCCGCAGACUUCAAAGACCAUCUUAUAUCUACAUAUAGAGCCAUAGAUCAUCAUGGAAAGUCAAAACGGGUUGGCCGUGUCUCCGGAGACUCCGGUUGUACCUGGAACUCCCGCGGCCGCAGGCGUUGCCGCACAGGCGACGGCACCAUCAGCUACUGCCGGACCGGCCAAAACUCUGGCAGAAGCCGAAGCCGCUGCUGCCGCUGCCGCAGCUGCUGCCAAAAGAAAGGCCAUGAGUCGAAGAGGAAAACCUCCUCCGGAACGACCGCAACGAGCUCUCCUUUGCCUCUCGCUCACGAAUCCUCUGCGAAAGCUCUGCAUCAGCGUCGUCGAGUGGAAACCGUUCGAGUAUUUGAUCUUGUUGACCAUCUUCGCCAACUGCGUUGCCUUGGCCGUCUACACGCCGUACCCCAACGGGGACUCUAACAUUACCAAUGCUUAUUUGGAAAAAGUGGAAUAUGUCUUCUUGGUUAUUUUCACCAUUGAAUGCGUCAUGAAAAUCAUCGCCUAUGGUUUCGUCGCACACAGCGGGGCCUACCUACGCAAUACGUGGAAUUUGCUCGAUUUCACCAUUGUCGUCAUUGGCGCCGUGAGCACGGCACUGUCGACCAUGAUGAAAGACGGAUUCGACGUCAAAGCUCUGCGAGCCUUUCGCGUUUUGCGGCCUCUGCGUCUCGUCUCCGGUGUUCCCAGUUUGCAAGUGGUGUUGAAUUCCAUUUUGAAAGCCAUGGUCCCGCUCCUUCACAUUGCUCUUCUCGUCAUCUUUGUCAUUAUUAUUUAUGCCAUCAUCGGAUUGGAACUCUUCUCCGGAAAAUUACACACAACUUGCUACGAUCCCGAAACCGGUGACAUGAUGAAAGAUCCUCAUCCGUGCUCCAAUUCAAGCGAGGUGGGAUUUGAUUGCAGAACGAUCGGAAUGGUGUGUCUUCCGGAUUGGGAGGGACCCAACGAUGGCAUCACUAAUUUCGACAACUUUGGCCUAGCCAUGCUUACCGUGUUCCAGUGCGUCACACUCGAAGGCUGGACUGACGUGUUGUAUCAAAUAGAAGAUGCCAUGGGUAAUUCCUGGCAAUGGAUCUACUUCAUCUCGAUGGUCAUCAUCGGCGCCUUCUUUGUGAUGAACUUGAUUCUUGGUGUUCUCAGCGGAGAGUUCUCCAAGGAAAGAGAGAAAGCCAAAGCGCGCGGUGACUUUCACAAGUUGCGCGAAAAACAACAAAUCGAGGAAGAUUUGCGAGGUUAUCUAGAUUGGAUCACCCAAGCGGAAGAUAUUGAGCCGGAAGGCGAGGACCGACAUCACGACGAACCCAAGCACGCUAAAAACAAACGAGAGCAGGACAAUAGUGUCGACAAGACGGAGGAGAGCAGCAACGCUGAUACGUCACAGGAUUCGUGGUGGGCGCAGAAGAAGCGCAACUGGGAUCGGAGCAAUCGUCGUAUGCGCCGGGCCUGUCGCAAAGCUGUCAAAUCUCAGGCUUUUUAUUGGCUGAUCAUCAUUUUGGUGUUUCUGAACACGGGCGUCCUAGCAACCGAGCACUAUCAACAACCCGAAUGGCUGGAUUUCUUCCAAGAUGUGACCAAUAUCUUCUUCAUCGUGCUCUUUGCCUUUGAAAUGUUGCUGAAGAUGUACAGCCUGGGAUUCCAAGGUUAUUUCGUGUCGCUGUUCAAUCGAUUCGACUGUUUCGUCGUCAUCAGCAGUAUUGUCGAAGUGGUCCUAACUAAAACGGACCUCAUGCCCCCUCUGGGUGUGUCCGUGUUACGUUGUGUCCGUCUCCUCCGAGUCUUCAAAGUUACAAAGUAUUGGCGCUCACUUUCCAACUUGGUGGCGUCGCUGCUCAACUCGAUCCAAUCAAUCGCGUCUCUCUUAUUGCUCCUCUUCCUCUUCAUGGUCAUCUUUGCCCUGCUGGGCAUGCAAGUCUUUGGCGGCAAAUUCAACUUUGAGAAUCAAGAAUUGCCGAGAAGCAAUUUUGAUUCCUUCUGGCAAAGUUUACUAACCGUCUUUCAGAUUUUGACGGGCGAAGAUUGGAAUGCGGUCAUGUACGACGGUAUUAAAGCCUACGGGGGUGUAGCAUCUCUGGGUAUUCUCGCUUGCAUCUACUUCAUUAUUCUCUUCAUCUGCGGCAACUACAUUCUGCUGAAUGUCUUCUUGGCCAUCGCUGUGGACAACUUGGCCGAUGCUGAAUCGUUGACGGCUAUCGAGAAGGAAGAGGCUGACCAAGCCGAAGCCAAGGCGGAAGCUGAAGCUGACUUAGAUAAAUCGGCGGCGAGUGAUUCGGCAACGAAAGACGGUGACGAUCGAAGUCAAGAAGAAUUGGACGAGGAAGAAGAAGAGGACAACGUUGGCGACGACAGCAAAGGAGGUGACGACGAGGACAACGCCCAAACAGGCGGCAGCCCGGACGGCAUGUCCGACCGGAAGAGAUCCUCUAAAAAGAAAAAAGCGGAUGGCAGCUCCACCAUAAUUGAAAUCGAACAGGAUUACGACGACGAGGGAACCGAGGACGCCAGUAAAGACGACGAGGGCUUGGGUGACGAUCAAGGAUCUUAUGAUGAUGAUAAUAACGGAGAAGAGGAGGAAGCCGAAGUCGGAGAGGAGGAGGAGGAAGAAGAGGAUGAAGACGGGCAGCCGGUGACGUCGCGUCCGCGACGCGCGUCGGCCGUCGCCCGCUCCAACAACAAAAUCAUUCCCAUACCCCCCUACACUUCCUUCUUCAUACUCUCCCACUCCAACAGGUUCCGAGUUUUCUGUCACUGGUUCUGCAACCACAACUACUUUGGGAACAUUAUCCUUGCCUGUAUUCUCAUUUCGUCGGCUAUGUUGGCCGCAGAGGAUCCACUGAGCGCUGACACGGAUCGAAACAAGAUUCUGAAUCACUUUGACUACUUCUUUACAACUGUCUUCACUAUUGAAAUUGCCUUGAAAGUCAUUGCAUACGGAUUGGUCCUACACAAAGGAGCCUUUUGCCGUUCGGCUUUCAAUCUCCUAGAUUUGUUGGUCGUUUGUGUGUCUCUAAUUUCCUUUGGAUUCAGCUCCGGAGCUAUUUCCGUCGUCAAGAUCCUUCGAGUACUUCGCGUGCUGAGACCAUUGCGUGCCAUCAACCGAGCUAAAGGCCUCAAGCACGUCGUCCAGUGCGUCAUUGUAGCCGUCAAAACGAUCGGCAACAUUAUGCUGGUUACAUGCCUCCUCGAGUUCAUGUUUGCAGUCAUCGGAGUCCAGCUCUUCAAGGGGAAGUUUUUUAAGUGCAACGAUCCAUCAAAAAUGACUAGGGAUGACUGCAUAGGAACCUUUAUUCAAUACGAAGACGGUGAUAUUGAGCGCCCAACCGUGUCCAAUAGAACAUGGGAAAACAAUGACUUUCAUUUUGAUGACGUUGGUAAAGCCAUGCUGACGUUGUUUACAGUCUCAACGUUUGAAGGAUGGCCCGGUUUGUUAUACGUCUCUAUUGACUCGCACACGGAAGACAUGGGACCGAUGCACAACUACCGGCCAAUGAUUGCCUGCUUCUAUUUUAUUUACAUUAUUAUUAUUGCCUUUUUCAUGGUCAAUAUCUUCGUCGGUUUCGUUAUUGUCACAUUUCAAAACGAGGGAGAGCAGGAAUAUCGAAACUGCGAAUUGGAUAAAAAUCAGCGCAAUUGUAUUGAAUUCGCUUUGAAAGCUAAACCCUUCCGACGCUACAUCCCUAAACAGCGGUUUCAAUAUAAAGUCUGGUGGAUGGUGACGUCGCAGCCCUUCGAAUAUGUUUUAUUCACAUUGAUCAGCAUGAACACCAUCACGCUGGGUAUGAAAUUCUACGGUCAGCCAGAAGUCUACACUCAAGCUCUGGACAUUCUGAAUAUGAUUUUCACAAGCGUUUUCGCAUUGGAAUUUCUAUUGAAAUUAGCUGCCUUUCGGUUCAAGAAUUAUUUUAGCGAUCCCUGGAACGUUUUUGAUUUCGUUAUUGUCUUGGGUAGCUUCAUCGACAUCGUUUACUCCCAAUUGAAUCCCGAUUCCAAUCUCAUCUCUAUCAAUUUCUUCCGUCUUUUCCGCGUUAUGCGACUCGUCAAGCUUCUCAGUCGCGGAGAGGGAAUCCGAACUCUGCUGUGGACGUUUAUGAAAUCUUUCCAGGCUCUGCCUUACGUUGCGCUAUUGAUCGUGAUGCUAUUUUUCAUCUACGCUGUCAUCGGAAUGCAGGUUUUCGGGAAAAUUGCGCUAGACGAUGAUACUGCUAUUCACCGUAACAACAACUUUCAAACAUUUCCGCAAGCUGUGCUUGUCCUUUUCCGAUCGGCCACUGGAGAAGCCUGGCAAGAUGUCAUGCUCGGUUGUUCGUCGCAAAAGGCCCCAGCUUGUGAUCCGCUGUCGGACGAGAUUCGUAACAACUCCACAGACCACUGCGGUACCGAGUUUGCCAUCCCUUACUUCAUCUCUUUCUACGUUUUGUGUUCCUUUUUGAUUAUCAAUUUGUUUGUGGCCGUUAUUAUGGAUAAUUUUGAUUAUCUCACUCGCGAUUGGUCCAUUUUGGGCCCGCAUCAUCUGGACGAAUUUGUCCGUCUUUGGAGUGAAUACGAUCCCGACGCUAGAGGACGUAUCAAACAUUUGGACGUUGUGACGUUAUUACGUAAAAUCUCACCACCGUUGGGUUUCGGUAAAUUAUGCCCUCAUCGUGUAGCUUGCAAGCGGUUAGUGUCUAUGAACAUGCCGCUAAAUAGCGACGGAACAGUGAUGUUCAACGCCACUCUGUUCGCCGUGGUGCGGACGUCGCUCAAAAUCUACACAGAGGGCAACAUUGAUUCAGCCAACGAAACACUACGUGCCGUCAUCAAGAAAAUUUGGAAAAGAACUAACGGCAAACUUCUGGAUCAAGUCGUGCCGCCGCCAGGAAUCGACGACGAGGUGACAGUGGGCAAGUUCUACGCUACCUUCCUAAUUCAGGAUUAUUUCCGUCGCUUCAAGAAGAGGAAAGAAAUGCUCAACAAGGACUCUGCACUUGACGGAGAAGGCGCUGGCGUUGAUACGGUGACGCUACAGGCAGGAUUGCGAACUCUUCACGACGCUGGGCCUGAGUUAAAGAGAGCCAUUUCGGGCAAUCUUGACGAGCUGAUGGAACGUGACCCAGAGCCCAUGCAUAGAAGGAACCACAGUUUAUUUGGUAACGUUUGGUCCAAUAUGCGAAGAGGAGGCGGCCCAUCAUCAAGGCAACGACCCACAGAAUCGUCGCCACUUAAAUUAUCGCCGCAAAUGCUACUGAAGGCAACUGUCACUGUUCCCAAUGGGCAGAGCGUGCCAAUAAAUUCGUCCAGUGACGACCUAUCGGAAGCCAUGCCACUCCGACCACUGCGUCUCCGACAGCAGCAGAAUCAGACAAACAACAACGGAAGUCUGCCGAAAUACGAUGAGAAUUUCCUACAUCCAAGCUACAACGCUCAAGAGGAAGCCGUCGCUGGAUCGGCUGAGAGCUUGGUUGGAAAGGUUCUGGUGGAACAAGGACUUGGCAAAUUUAUAGAUGAUGAUUUUAUCCGAACGACGUCACGAGAAAUGCAAGAGGCUAUGGAUAUGACGCAAGAGGAAAUGGAUCGGGCCGCUCAUCACUUGCUAAUGUUGACGCAAGACGGAGAUGGCACAGCAGUUCGAACUCCAGCGCUAUCGGGUGCGGCCAUUCGACGACCGGGCGGCCAACCCUUGACUUUGGCGCUCAAUUCGGCCUUCAAUGAGGUUGACCACGUCCCGCAAUCCCGUCACAAAUCCUAGCCGAUAUUUGGUAUAGGUAGAUUAACCUAAAUUGUUUUUAUCCUUCACCUUUAAAAAAAAAAAAAAAGCUUUUGGUGAAUUGUUUGGUAAUUUUGGAGAUUUUAUGACUUUGCCUUUUGGUGUCGACAUUCGUCGCCAUUUUGCCAUUUGUGAAUUUUUUCCAGUCAAGUUUGAGAUGUUUUUUUUGUCAGUGAACCAAAAAUCCUUGUCCCUUUGAAACAAGUGCCUCCCCUCUCAUCUUUGUACGUCGAUAAUAUUCUGUAGCUGUAAUCCUUAUCAGAUCUUUUGUCUCUUAUAUCUUUUUCAAUACAUCCUCCUCAAAUAUUUA